AUGUUCAUUAUGGAUAUAUAUGCGGGCACUUUAUUCACUCUGAUACUUGCAAACGUUGGCCUUGCAUCUUAUCGCCUCAAUGGCAGCGAGGGAAGGAUAAACUUGCGGAAUAUAAUCAGCAACAUUCAUGGAUUAUUCAGCCGUCGAAACGAGAGCUGGCCGAAUGAUACAGGCCUCGUCCUUACUUUUCUUCCUGUCUACGUACUCGUCAUGGCUUCAGAUUGGAUGCAGGGUCCAUACUUUUUUCCAUUAUACAAGGAAACUCUUCAACUACCCGAUCAUGUUAUUGCAACCCUUUUUGCCACAGGGUUUAUCUCUGGUGCAUUUAGUGCUUCAUUUGUGGGAAAUCUUGCCGAUAGAUAUGGGCGACGAAUAGCAUGUCUGUCGUUUUGUGUGAUAUACAGCCUAUCAUGUAUCAUGACAGCCUCAUCCUCAAAUGUCGUUAUUCUUUUCUUUGGACGAGUCCUGGGGGGAAUUGGGACCACUUUACUCUUCACUGUUUUCGAAGCGUGGCUUGUUGCCGAAUUUCACCGUACAAAAUCCACGGAAGAGUCAACGGAGCUAAACCAGCUACUAGGAACAAUGACCGUACUAAGUGGAAUAGUUGCAGUUUUAUCUGGGCUGUUGAGUAAUUUUCUAGUUUCGCUCACGGGCUCCAGGCGAGCACCAUUUCUCGCAAGCCCCGUUUGUCUUGGUAUGGCCUUUUUGCUGAUAUCAGGGAUAUGGAAUGAGAAUUAUGCGGGUGAUUCCGGUCAUUCUGGAGUUGAAGCUAUAGAACAGCAACACACUCGAUUUUCAGCUAUAUUGAAAGUUGGAGACACCCGCAUCACAAUGCUUGGGCUGAUUACAACGAUAUUUGAGGGCUCCAUGUACCUUUUUGUCGUUUUUUGGUCACCUGCAAUUAUUUCUGCCAGUAAGGGCGAUGGUGCCCCUGACGACCCCCCAUUCGGACUCAUCUUCGCCAGUUUUAUGACCUCCAUGAUGCUGGGAUCUCAAAUAUCAUCCCAAUUAACGAUCCCGACCCUUGAGACUCCGUCACCAUCGUCAUCGCCACCGCCUCCGACCACUUUGUCAUGCGACUAUGAUCAUAGUAGCGUAUCCCGAUGCUCUCGUUUGCUUACCAUUCUUUUCUUUGUCGGAAGCAUCAGCUUGAUAUGUGCUGUAGUAUUUCCGACUACGCUAUCCACUCUCUGGGCGUUCUGCGUCUACGAAUUCAGUAUUGGCAUGUACUACCCUAAUGUGGGUGUACUCAAAAGCGUCCUCGUCCGAGAUAAGGAUCGAGCGAAAGUAUACGCUUUAUUCCGACUGCCGCUUAAUUGUUUUGUUAUUGCUGGUCUAGCAUUUACAACAGAAGGUGAGACAUGUAUUCCGUGCUGA